AUGCACAAGUAUCUUCAAAAGAAUUAUUCUAAUCAACAACAACUCAAUCAACCAAUUAAUUUCACACCCAAACAUGGUCAUCCACUUGACGAGAGUGGAGGAUCUACUAAUAAUGAAAAUAGUAGACGUCAACAUCCCAUGAAAGAGAUUUCAGCAAAUCAAAAUGUUGAUCAACAUAAACGUGUAUCUUUCGAUCAAUUGAAACACGCUAUCUCAUCUAAUCUACCAUGCUUUCAUAUACAAUGGUCAUCGGAUGUGAAUCGAAAUAACAUUCCAUCAGCUAUACAUGCGAGUGAUCUAAUACUUAAAGAAUUACAAACGAACGGAGUUAAAAUCAAUCGAUUUACGUUAGUUGGUUGGGUAGGUAACAAAUUAAAACUAGGUGUGAAUAACAAAGAUGAUUAUGCUACUCUCGGUGCAACUAAAAAAUGGCCUACUAAAAUAAAUGGAAUUGAUAUUGAAGUUAUAAAACCGAAAUUCACUCCAGAUUCAUUUGUACUCGUUAUCCGAUAUGUUCCUCUGGAAUUACAUGAAGAAUUUGUUGCAAACGAGAUACAACUUACUAUUGCCUCUGCGGACCGUAUUAAACGAAUCCAGUGUACCUAUCAAAGAAGAUCGAAUGAUUAUCGGUUCGAUGUUAUUCAUGGUUAUCGAUUACUCCUUUUUUUUCCUGGUAAUCGUUUAACAUAUUGCACCAAAUGUUGGUGUAUCUGCCAUUUAAGAAACAAAUGUAAUGCAGCUGCCAAAUGUCGAGUUUGUCUUGAGAUUGCUACAGAUAAUACCUCACAUGUAUGUAAAAAUGAAUCGAAAUGUGGUCAAUGUAAUGGAAAUCACCACUCAUUGGAUAAUCAAUGUCAAGUUAUUCAAGACUAA